AUGAGUGAUGAUAAAGAUUGUUCGAUAUCGACCCUGGACAAUAAUAAGAAACCUAAACCUUGUUGUGCAUGCCCAGAAACUAAAAAAGCUAGAGAUGAAUGCGUCAUUUUAUUUGGAGAAGAGCACUGUGGAGAACUUAUAGAAGCUCACAAGAGAUGCAUGAGGCAACUGAUGCAAAAUUUAAAUCUUGUCCAGUUGCAAGUCUGUCAAGAGGAUAUCCUCAAAGCUGAUAUUGCGAUUAAAAAUCAAAUCGAAGACCUUAGGCGAAUUAUUAUUUUUAGGCGACGAAAAUUUAUAUCUCAGAAAGAAGUAAAUCAAUGCAUACGUCAAAUCAAAGAUGAAAUGGGCAAACUCUCCCGAUUAAUUGAUGCUCUAGAGAAAUUUGCAAAUAAAAUGAACUCCCGGAAUGAUCGAUCUGAAUUAUCAGAUCAAGUGAAGGAGCAUCGCAAUGAAUUAGAAAGAAAUCGUCAGGUACUUCGUCAAGCAAUUUUAAAAACGAUUAAAGUUAUGGCCUUUAUAUCCGCGGCUAGUUGUUUAUUUAAUUUCCAGACGACGGAAGGCCUCACAUCUUUAGUGGCAAAAAUGAGUGAUCAACUAAAGUUAUCUGAAGAUACUACUUCGGCUUUGAUUCAUUCAUCUUAUCUUCUUAAAGAUACGGAAUCCGAAUACUCAUCAAUGGGUGCCCACAUACAAAGUGGUGGAAAGUUAAUAUCGAAAUAUAGUCGUAGAGAGUGCACAGAUAAAGUUUUAAUAACCUUUGCUUUGUUAUUAUACGUUGUUGUUAUCCUGUAUAUAUUAAGAAAACGAAUUCGUAAGUUAAAUUUUUACUAUAUGUUUAUUUCUCCUGUAAUAGGAUCAAUGGACGAAAAGCCUGUAAAGACUUUUGAUGCAGUUCGUACAGAGUUUAUUGAUUUAUUGCGCCAUAAUAAUGCUGAAGGUGCGAAACGUCUAUUACAAAAAUACGAUUCUUUGAGAACCGUGAAGGACGAUUGUGGUCGAACAGCAAUUCAUUGGGCAGCAAGUGGUGGCUGUUUAGAAAUCGUACAAUUCUGUGUGUCACAGAGAGAAGACGAUGCUGUAACAUCAGAUGAUACUGGUUGGACACCACUAAUGAUCGCUUGUUCAGCAGGACGACUAGAAGUUGUUCGAUACCUGAUCAGUCUUUCUUCAGUAAAUGUUAACACGCAAAAUAACAACAAACAAACACCCCUACAUUAUGCUGCUAGCAAAAAUAGACCACAGAUAACAUCGAUUUUGUUGAAACAUGGUGCAAACAUAAAUGCUCAAGAUAAUUAUUUCGCCACACCUUUACAUCGAGCUACCUCACAAGGCCAUGAAAAGAUCGUGCCAAUUUUAUUGGCGGAACCGCAGUUAAGAAUUAAUAUUGCUGAUUCUGCUGGCUGCACGCCACUGUAA